AGGUCGAAGGGAUGAAUCCACUACUCAAGGGACUCUUCACCCACGGGUACGCCAUCGACCCCGAAAUUUCCUUGGCAGAAAAGCGACAUCUGCUACAGUGGGACAGUGACAUCGCGUACCGGAAAGGAUCAACAAAAAUCUGGGUACCCAAUUACCCUCCUUUGCGCCAGUUACUACUCGAAGAAUACCACGACGUCCUGUACGCCGGACACUUCGGUGGCAACAAGACGCUGACCGGUAUCGCCAAACACUACUACUGGCCCCAUAUGGCAGACGACGUCCAGAAAUUCGUCACCUCGUGUGAUACAUGUCAGCGGAUGAAGAGCAGCAAGCAGAAAAAGGCGGGACUACUGCAGCCUCUUCCUGUCCCAGAACAACCAUGGCAAGUGGUUAGCCUAGAUUUCAUCACCGGGUUACCACCUACCUCCAGCGGUCAUGACGCCAUCCUUGUCGUCAUUGACAAGUUCUCCAAAAUGGGACACUUCAUCCCGACACACACGACGGCACGCACCGAGGAGACAGCACAGCUCUUCGUUCGUCACAUCAUCUCCCAGCAUGGCAUCCCAACCACACUCAUUUCCGACCGAGACCCCAAGUUCACCAGCAGGUUCUGGAAGGAACUUAUGUCUCUUCUCGGGACCAAACUCGCCAUGUCAUCCGCAUACCAUCCGCAGACAGACGGACAGACCGAGCGCCUCAACCAAAUUGUUGAACAACUCCUCCGAGCAGCCUGCAAGGACGACAUCUCCAAAUGGGACUUGCACCUGCCCGUACUCGAGUUUGCUUACAACAAUGCUACACAUGCCGCUACUGGACAGACGCCGUUCUUCCUCUGCUACGGACGCCACCCACUCACACCACAAAAACCGACAGCAUCAGCUACAGUCCAACCUGCACACGACUUCAUCACAACCAUGCACCAACUUUGGGAUCGGACCCAUAAGCGCCUCCUUGACAUUCAACAGCAACAGAAGCGCCAGGCCGAUCGCCAUCGCAACGACCACACCAUUUCCGUGGGAGACCAAGUGCUCCUCGACACCCGCAACCUGGACAUCAGCCAUCUCCCAUCUAAACUUCGACCUCGCUUCUGCGGGCCUUUCCUCGUUGAAGCACAGGCGAUCUAGUCUUUGCCACUGCAGACACUG